AAAAAUACAGAUAUGUUGUGCAAAGAAUACAAACAAGGAGAUCCAAUAUGCCCUCUUCAAACUGUGAGUUUGUGUCCUCAGGGACAACCGAGUUAAUAGUGAAUUAGGUACAAAACAGUCUCUCCUGCUCUCUGUGUCCUCUCCAACAUGAUAUUCUGAAAUAAAACUAAGUCUGCUUAAGUAACAUUUUAAUGUGCUGUAUUGUUCUCACAAUUUAUCCACAAUUAUCAACAGAAUUUAAGAAACACUGCCAAUCACAUGCUUUGACCAUGGAGUUUCUUUUCACUGGAUGCUUGUAAUGUGGGUGAACUGGUGUGUAAAAAACUGAACUGUUUCUGUGUUGUUGCAUCUUUAUCUGGCCUUAAAAGCAGUCUAAGACAUUUCCUACCUGCACCGUAGCCAGGUGUAAUUCAUUAGAAGAAAAUACAAAGCAGAAAACAAUUAUUAUAAUUCUAAUCAUAACCCUAGUUGGUGUGAAAAUGUGUCAAUCCUUUCAAAGCAUCUUAGCGGGAUCAGGGCAACCUACGGAUCUCUGAAGGGAGUCGCUGAAGAGGAGUUUUUUAUAUUAAUUUCACUUGUUUUUCCAUUUAUCAAUCAUUUACUAAAUUUUAGAAAUUGCUACUACACCUAGAACUGCAACUAGUUUAUUAAGAUGACUGAUUAAUGAUCUUAUUAUUAUUACAGUGACGAUACAACACGAUAAUCCAAACGGGAAAUAUUUUGCUUAAAGAGGCUGAAACAUUUUUUUUUUUUUUAAGGAUUAAUCAGUUAUCAAAAGAGUUGUAGAUUAUAUUAGUGCCUAUUAGUCAUAAUCACUUGAUAAUCGAAUAAUUACUUUGAUAGUUUUACAAGCCAAAAACAAAAGCCAAGUAUGCCUCUCAUAUAUUUUCUAUAUAAUUUAUAACAAUGUAAAUGUACAUUUUAGCACGUUUUUGUUUAGAACUGCUGACCUAACAGAACAAUAAAUGUAAACGCAUGGCCUGGGGAGUUAUAAAGGGCGUUUUCACCGUUUUCUGCCAUUUAACACACAUAACAAUUAACUAGGAAGACAGUCGAAAGACUAAUCUAUAAUAAAAGUAAUAGUGUUUUUGAAGACGUGGUGUCGGUAUGUGGUGCGGGGAGGGACUGCCGUUCAUUAAAGGCGCGGGUAAACGUUAGCUUUAGCAUUCAGCGCGCCGUGCGGCGAGGCCUAUUCUACGCUACAAGGCCUCAAGAGGAGCCCAGCGUGAGCUAGAGUACGACAACGAUCUACCCAGGAAAAUGUUGGCAGCAUAUAAAAAUUAACCAUGAACUGUAAGGGCACAAUAUGGUGAAUGUUUUCUCAUUUAUGCCCCCAUUCUGAUGACGCCAACAGGAAGAUAUGGGCAUCUUAAGACUAGUAGCCAGAACCAUGGGUAGGAUCAGUACUUUUAGGUCCUAUCAGUUUGUGCUUCUCCUGGCUGCUGCACUCGCUGUUGUAGCUUUUUACUACUUUGGCUCAGAGAAGCAGAACUUCUCCAGCACCACCAAGAGAAUCAAGCAGACCCAGGCCAGCCACAACACCAACAGAAAUGAUGCAGACCUGACUGUGGACACCAGGCUCUCGCACACAGCUGGAUCUGAGGAGCAAGGAGGAGAGAGCGAGGGUUUCAGAUCAAAGAGAGGGGAUGGUGAGGCUGCUAACCAACGUUACCACGCACUCAUGAUGUUCACCAAGGUGGACAAGAGCCGGAGCCUGCAGGACAAGUUCAGGGUGGCCAUGUUGUCCAUGGUGAAGCAUGGACAAUUUCUGGAAGGAGAGGUGUUGGUGUUUCAUUUUGUGAGUGAUCAGGCCAGCCAAGAACUGGGAGAGAGGAUGCUGCAGGAAUUUCUCCUUGACGCAACGUUUAAGUAUGAGGUGCUGUUUCAUGACGUGGUGGCUCUGACACAGAAGCUCUUCCCUAUUGUGGAGGCUAUGCAGAAACACUUCAGUGCUGGCUCUGGAGCUUACUACAGCGACGCCAUCUUCUUCCUGUCUGUGGCCAUGCAUCAAAUCAUGCCUGAAAGUCUGACACGCAUCGUGCAGCUUGACCUGGAUCUGAAAUACAGGACCAAUAUCAGGGACCUCUUCCAAGAAUUUGACCGGUUUCCUCCAGGAGCGGUAAUAGGCAUCGCCAGAGAGAUGCAGCCAGUCUACAGACACACCUUUUGGCAGUAUCGUAAGGAGAACCCUCGGACCAGAGUAGGUGAACCUCCUCCUGACGGCCUCCCAGGCUUCAACAGUGGUGUGAUGUUAUUGGACCUGGGAGCGAUGAGGGCCUCAGCACUCUACAACCAACUGUUGAAGCCCAGCAACGUGGCCAAACUGGCCGACCAAUAUCGCUUCAGGGGUCACCUCGGUGACCAGGACUUCUUCACCAUGAUCGGUAUGGAGCAUCCUGAACUGUUUUAUUCCCUGGCCUGUGGCUGGAACAGGCAGCUGUGCACCUGGUGGAGGGACCACGGGUACGGAGAUGUGUUUCAGCUGUAUUAUCGCUGUGAUGGACCUGUCUAUAUCUACCAUGGGAACUGUAACUCCCCUAUACCAGAUGACUGACGUAUGUGCUGCACUAAUGCUGGGACUGAGAAGGAGUCUGUGACAUCUACAGUAUAGUUUACGGGAACUAUUUUUUUACGGCAGUUUUCCUUUCUCGACCGUGCAGCUGUAGUCACAGACUCUGCCCCCUGCUGGUUAAGGGGCUAUCGAAGGGCCCUUCCACACAUUGGUGUCCUUAAAGUGCGUUCAGGGUGAAAAUAGCCCUGCACUUCAGUAAUGCAAGGCGCUACAUUAGGAUUUCUUCUGGUACCGAAUACUUAACACUGCAGAAUGGUUUACAUCAUUAUCAGGAGGAAUUUUGCUGCCCUCGAAAACUAUUAUAGUGGUAAAUUAGUUUUAUGUCGCAAAGAGCUCUUGCAUAUCUGUGAUUGGCGAUGAUGUUACACUGAAUUACAGCAAAAGUUUUUUCACAGGGCACUGCUUUGGCACCACAGCUGGGUCAGAGUUGCCCCUGUUCAAAUGAAUGUGGGGGCUUAUGUCCAUAUGAAUGAAUGAUGCCCAAUGCAUCAUGCAGUCGUUGUCAAUUUGAAGUAAUUUCUCUUUUCAUUUGCUAUCCAAGUCCACUAUCCACAUACAUUACACAGAGUGGUGGAAAACUGAUAAUCCAAAAGGAAUUCAUGUUGCUAAUAGAGCUGCACAGAUUAGAUCAACAAAAAAUUAACCGGCAACUAUUUCGAUUAUUAAAUAAUCGUAUGGGGAAAAAUGCCAAACAUUCGCUGGUUGUACCUUCUUAACUAUGAGAAUAUAAUGCUCUUCUGUGACUUGUAUGAUAAAUUGUUAAAUAUAAUUAUUUGGGUUUUGGACUAUUGAUUGGAUAAUCCUAGGAAAUUAUACAGGCUUUUUUUUUCUUAAGUCCAUAGAGAAAAUGAUUCAUCAAUAAAUCAAGAAAAUAAUCAAACAAUUAAUCAUUAAUGACAAUAAUUGUUAGUCGUCACCCUAAUUGAGAUAUCUGCAGUUAAUAUAAAGUCAGCAAAUGUCAUUCUCACUCUGUUUCCCUGCACUUCAAGCUUUCCAGUGACCCAAGUUUACCCCGGUAAAGUGAGAUGAGGGCUAAUCUGGUGCCAUUUACUUUCCACCUCUGUGGUCUGUGGAAGAAGGGGGGUGGGUGUGGGUGUUGAGGGGGUUAACACCAGUAGACUCCCAUCUUUCCGGAGCCAUGUGGGCACAGGACACAACACACUGCCAGACACAUCUUUCUGUAGGUUGGAAGAUAUCGAGGGGGAAAGGUGGAGGGUGGAGGAAGGGUCAGGGAGAUAAUGGUUAGCAAUGAUGGCACUGAUAGCUGUUGUUGGUGCCCUUGCAUUUGCGGUUUAGCUGAGGCCAAACACACGCCUCAGGAGGAGUGAUGGGUCCGGGACCGUGACUGCAGACACUGACCCACUUUUGAGUUUUUUCUUGCUGUGCUCACUGAAUAAACGCCCAGAUUCAAAGAAAUGUCAACACUCAAUAUUCAUCAGUCAGGAAAUUGUCUGAGGUGAUGCACACUUACACACGUACGCACAGUCAGGGCAGAGCAGCUGAAUGCCCUGCGCCAUCAAAGAAAAGCGACCACAGACACUUGAGAGUAAACAUUAUUCCAAAUCAAUAAGCUUCUCCUGAAUUCAUCCUGAAGCUGAUCAGUAUUUUUAUGCCUCUGUCAGAGCAAUACUCUUUAGUCUUUCUAGCUCUAAAACAAAUUGUUAACUAGAAAAAGGAGCGUAGAAUCAGAGUGAACAUUGAAAAAUAACUAUUCUCAAUUCUUGACUGCACUUUACAACUUAAAACCACAUGCUUUAUCAUCAAGGGUUUUGUUGACUAGAUGAUGGCUGCAUUUAUUCUGCUGGCUUUAAUAUUAAUUGUUUUUUGGCUCAUUAACUAUAACGUGAUUGAUUCCAUGCCCUUUAAGCACCAAUUGGUUUCCAUUUCUUUCACUGCUAAAACUGCAGGGUGAAAGUUGCUCAAAAUAAGUAAUCCAUCACAGCUAGCACUUCUUUAUUGCUGCUUUUUCAGUACAUACAGUAAUAACAUUGCAUUUCAUUCAGAAGUAAGGACUAAUUCUACAUAGUGUUGCGUUCAGGGACACUCCAGUAUUCCAGAAAGUAAACUCAUCUGCUUAUAACAACUGCACAAGAUUAAGUAUGUAUUUGAAAAGUCCAGUCUUAAAGGAAAGUAGUGCCCAGAUAUAAACAUUGUGAAAAGGACUAAUGGAGUUUGUCACAUCUUAAAUGAAAAAGCAGACUUUCAAAUUUACCACUGUCAGAGCUUAUUUCUCCACAGCAACACAGAGGUUACAAAACAUUCCCUGCUCAAAAUCGCAUCACUGCUUUGACAAAUAAAUGCAAAGUAAAUAGUGCAAUACAUUUUUCAAUGUGAUAGAUUACAGUGUAAUAUUAAAAUCAGAAACAUCUUUGUUGCAUUGGUUGGCAGUCAUGUAAAAAUAUUGGUGUCUUGUAGCUAAAGGGCUAAACCACUGUUAUUAUUUAAUUUGUUUUUCUUUUUGUGUCUUGUCUCUGUUUACUGUUUGUAUUCAUUAAUAGUGCAUACUAACACUGAGAAAUCCCUUAAUGUAGAAUUUCCUCAUUGAAACUGGUGCAUGAAUUGAGUGAUACUACUGAGUAAUGCAACAGAAACAUUUUUUUUUUUCUUUGGUUUGAGUUUAAGUCCAUUCAAAACACAUCAACCAUCAAUUUAGAGUGCCCAAUUGCUGCAUGUGUUUUUUGGUUUGUUAGUUUUGAAAGUGGGAGAAACUGAAGUGGCCAUGAGAGUUCAAAUCCUGCCCCAUAUCCAGGUAACUUUCCACUCCACUGGUCUCUGGCCAGCAGAGGCCAGUUGAGCAAAAUUCAGCAAAAUCUGCUGAUUUUGCUGAAUUUCUUUAGGCUUCAUCUUCAGAUGAUCUUUGAAAGAGGCGGCGAUGUAUUUUUCAAUUUGUGGAUCUCUCAAAAUAAGUAAAGAAAGCAUGAUGUCUGCUCCAUCCCAGUUUUUGCACAGGCUGUUGAAAAUGGCCUUGUUGAGGUGUUUCAUCAUGUCCGGGGGUAAUAUUAAAGUCUUCACCCUCGACUUCAGCCCAUAUCUUUUCAGACAGACCCUUUAUGAUGGUUUCUGGGUUUUCAAAAGUGCAGUUUGCCUUUGUUUUGUCAAAGACCCAGGAAACUAGCUUCGCAGCAAUGAUCUGGAUGAGCUUUUUGUGUUUUUUUUCACCCUUCACUCUUGGAUCUUCUUCCUCUUCUUCGCGAUUGGCACAUGUCUCUGUGUCUGCUACAGCGAGGGAUGUCACCCUGUCACUGUGGGUGUCAGCCUGUGUGUUAAGCCACCGCUCCAUUAGACAGAGGAAACGCCACACUCCGGUGUUGAUGUCAGCAGACACGAGUUGUGUAGUGGAGUAACAACCACUCUGAUCCAAGAUGAACCCAUCCCAUUUGAUUCUUUGACAGGCUUUGGGUGCAUCUCGUGCAUGUAAUCGUUGAGGAGAUCACCAAGUUCUUUUCUGAGCAUCUGGACUUUUCCAUUGUUAAUGUCCUCUAUCCAUUUAGAUUCACAGACCUCAUUCUCUCCUUGUUGUUUCUCACCAUCUGACACUCCAGCACUGACUGCCUGCCUUCAGCUUCUGGGUGGUCAAAAAUGUGGCCUUUAGUUGUUCUGCAAUGUGACAAAUUAAUGCUUGGGCAAACUGCUUUGCAACAAAUGUCACCUUUGUUCAGACAGAACUGGUGUUUGGGUGUUCCUGCAGCACCUCUCUCUUCCAGGCUCUUAACUUUGUCCACAAUCACCUGAGCGAUGUUAUCUCCCAUGGUUUUAAUCUCCAGGAGGGAACCAGAUUCCAACUGCUUAUGAUCAUAGUCUGUCAUAUAAACUCUGAUAUUUCUCUGACCUCCUUCUUGAUUAUCACCAGCUUUAGAUAUUGAAGCCACAAGACUGUCCCUGUCCUCUGCUGAUCCUUUGGAGACUUUCUCCUGGGUUCCAACGUUUUAAGUGUUUUGAGCUGACGGUAUGGACCUGUGUUGCUCCCACUGGACAAUACAGGCUCCUCAGACAUGGCUACAGUGGUGCUCUGAAGAGCCGUCAGAAUGGACAGUAUGAGGUCCAAAAGAAUCUGUACCAUCAUGAUCUUUGUGGCAUCAUCAGGUUUACCUGAUUUCAGAUUUUGUUCCGAUGUGAUCCUUCUAAAGAAGGACUCAACAACAGGGAGUAGAGUGUCCACGCUCACCUCUGGUUUCUUCUCUGUCUGUGGACUCCGAGUUCUACUCAUGAUGGCUAGUUCUGAAUCACCCUGUGAAUACUGUAUUCCACUUAUCGUUUUAUGUUCUGAUCAGCUAUCUUUGAUGCUUCGAACUUGGCUUAGUUUUCACAAACUGUUGUGUGUGAAGAGUGUGUAAUGUGGAUGAAUGUGUAUAUAUACACACACAGAGUUUUGGAUGUUACAUCAUACACACACACACACACACACCAUCCCCAACUCACCACACCACACACUCUCUUCCUCUCGGCUUGGUCUGAUUCCAAAUGAAUUCUUUAUUUUGUUAAUAAAUAUUUCAUGAGUAAAAUAGUUGGUUAUCAAAUUUUAUUUGGCAUUAAUUCAAAAGUGUUAACAGUGUGAUAAGAGUGAUAACAUGGUAUAAAGGCGAUUUUGCAGGUAUAUGAAUACAGACGUGCCUUGAGCACAAAAAGUUUGAAAACCACUGCAUUACAGGGUUUAUGUAUUCUUGCCCCUUUUAAACACACAAACUCUAAUGUGUAUAAAUAUAUAUAUGUUAAUGGAAGUAGGUAGAGAUUCAAGAUGGAUGGCAACAUGAAUGAUCUGGUGUAACUUAAUAAAUGUUACAAUGACAAUGUGCCCAUAUUUACAAUAUUAACCUAUGUUCACCCUUUCACACCAACAUAACUGUGAAAAAAAUGCAUUUGCUGUUGGUGUGAAAGGGGUAAAUGACUGUUGUCAAUAAGUUGAAUGUGCAGUGAUAUUUUUUAAGGGCUAAUAAAUGUCUGAAAAUAAAUGUAUAAAUAAAUGUUCCAUCUCUCUUAGAAAGCUGUCGCCAGAUUAUAAAGCUGCUUUGUUCAGUGUUAAAGACUCGAGGUGAUGUGUUUCUUCCAUGACAAAAACGAAUGUGAAAGUAGUUUUACACGACCUUUUCAUAGACAAGCUUCCACUUUGUUACCUGUGUAUGUUCAGAUUUCCUAAAUCAAUUAUAUGAUUACUUUUUUUAUGAUGUUCUAUUAAAGACAAAAACAGAAGUUA